AAAACAAAGACCCAAAAGAGAUAUGGCCAUCAAAAGUCAAAACCCAUCUCCUUAAAUCUUGCAUUUUGAUGAUCCUUGAAGAUCAUCAUCAUCUUCCACAAAAAAAAAACCUCUGAGAAUUCCAUUCCCAACUCAAGAUCAAUGGGUUGUUUCUGCAGUAAAGACCUACCAGCAUCCGAUCUCGUCACUGAUCGAGAGGCAGGGACGAUACUGGGGAAGCCAUUGGUAGAGUUCAACAAGCUUUACAGCCUCGGGAAGGAACUGGGCAAAGGUGGUUUCGGAAUCACUUACACGUGCCAAGAGAUUUCCACAGGCGAACAUUUCGCCUGCAAAUCCAUACCCAAGAGGAAGCUAAGCAGCGAAGAAGAUAAAAAAGCUGUGAAGACGGAGAUUGAGAUCAUGAAGGACCUUUCGGGAGUCUCCAACAUCGUACAGAUAAAGGGUUCUUACGAGGAUCGGAGUUCCGUUUACAUCGUGAUGGAGUUGUGCAGUGGUGGCGAGUUAUUCGACAGAAUCGAUGAUUUGGUUAAAUCCGGUAGCUAUUACUCGGAGAGAGGCGCCGCCGGGAUCUUCUCGUCGAUUGCGAGCGCUCUGCAGAUUUGUCACUCGGUGAAUGUGGUUCAUCGGGAUGUUAAGCCGGAGAACUUCCUGUUCUCGAGUGAGGAUAAAGAGAAUGCUAAGCUCAAAGCUAUCGACUUUGGUUGUUCUGUUUACAUCAAAGAAGGAAUAGAAUUGAAGGAUAAAGUCAGGAGUGAUUACUACAUUGCUCCUGAAGAACUACGAGGGGAAAGCUACGGGAAAGAAAUCGACAUUUGGAGUGCAGGUGUUAUAUUGUACAUCCUACUCAGCGGCAACUCCCCAUUUAGAACUAAUGAUGAGAUUCUGGAAGGGAAACUUGAUUUUGAGAGCCAACCAUGGCCUUCUAUACAAGUGAGUGCAAAAGACCUUAUCAAGAAGAUGCUCACCAAAAACCAAAAGAAACGAAUCUCUGCUGGAAAGAUUCUUGAACAUCCUUGGAUCAAGAGCGAAGCUUCAGAUGAGCCUAUUGAUGGCGUUGUUUUAACCCGUUUGAAGCAAUUCCGAGCUAUGAACAAGCUUAAGAAGCUAGCUCUUAAGGUUAUCGCAGAAGGUCUAUCAGAAGAGGAAAUCAAAGGUCUUAAAACCAUGUUUGAGAGUAUGGAUUCCGACAAAAGCGGGUCAAUCACUUAUCAAGAACUCAAAACUGGGCUGCACAGACUUGGUUCUAAACUCUCUGAAGCUGAAGUUAAACAACUGAUGGAAGCCGCUGAUGUGGAUGGUAAUGGAACAAUAGACUACAUCGAGUUUAUCUCAGCGACGAUGCAUAGACAUAGAUUGGAACGAGAUGAACAUUUGCACAAAGCAUUCCAAUACUUUGAUAAAGAUGGUAGCGGGCACAUAACGAAGGAUGAAUUGGAGAUAGCCAUGAAGGAGCAUGGCAUGGGAGAUGAAGCUUGUGCCAAAGAAAUAAUAUCAGAAGUAGAUAAAGAUAAUGAUGGAAGAAUAGACUAUGAGGAGUUUUGUGCGAUGAUGAGAAAUGGCAACUUGCAGCCACAAGGGAAACUUCUACUUUGUUCAUAAGCUCUUGAUUUUUUGUUUCACCUGAAAGCGGUUUUGUUAAACCCGGGGAAUAAGAGCUAAACCGGGAAAACCGAGGUGAGAGUUGUUGAUCUUGAGAAACUGUAUUACUGUUGUUAUAUAUAUGUCUUCUUGUAAUCAAUUCUCUUAUAUUGUAAUUUUCUUGAAAAGCUCCUUAAAUCAUUUUUCUUGUAAUUUUCCUGAGAACACUUUAAAAGAGUGAUUCUUUUAGUGUCUGUUUUCUUGCUAAAUUCUGGUAAGAUAAACAUUUGAUAAAUUCAAC